AUGAUCGCUAGGAGAAAGGCCCUUCACAUGGCCGCGGCGGUAGCUCUUACUGCUUACAUUUUCUGCACGGUUCUUAUCAGAACUUUUGGAGAUAAAGCAUGGUCUGUCUCGCUCCCUAAACUCGACCUCUCUCGAAACUACAUGGCCGACAGUGUCUUUGAACACAUCCAGAACAACACUCUUGGGUUUGAGCAUAUCUAUGCUAUCAGUAUGAAAGAGCGGACUGACAAGCGCGAUUUCCUGACACUAGCAGCCUCGGUAUCGGGGUUCAAGGUGGAAUGGCUCGAUGGAGUGCGACCGGAUGAACUACAUCCCAAAGCCAUGCCUGAUGAAGCACCUUACGGAAUGGACUGGGAUCUCCUCUGGAUUGGCGGAUGUGCCUCGGGCCCGAACGCCAACGAAACAAGCUUCUACGCUAUCCCAAUGGACCCCACAGUUCCGAGGGUCCACCACCGAGCCACCUGGGGCGGACCCACUAAAAAGUGGAAGGAACAAUAUCCAGAACUGGCCGAGGACUCGACGCGGUUUAUCUAUCGCGCUGACAUGGGCUGCUGCAUGUUCGGGUAUGCAGUUACGACCAAGGGUGCCAGGAAGAUUGUUUCCGCCCUUUCCGUCGAUCAUUUGAAUAAGCCAGUAGAUAAUGCCCUGAGUGAGUUGUGCGCGGGGGCUAACGGGCGUCACAAGAUUGAGUGCUGGGCCCCCUUUCCCAAUUUGAUUGGGACAUAUCGAAAGGCCGGAUCGGCUUCCCGGGAUUCAGAUAUCGAGAGCAACAAUGCGGCUGAAUUUCACGAAGAGCUAGCUUGGAAUAUGGUAUACAGUACCCGGCGUAAUAUCCAUCAAUUGGUCAGUGGUGGGGAAACCGUUUACUCACAAUGGAAGGAUGAAGAAGUGCCAUGGUCAAGGAAAGCGAUAAAGCACCGGGAGUUUGCUUAUCCUAGUGGAUAUCUUGUCAAAUAA